GUACUCCGCUCCCCGGCUGCUGCUCCGUGCGCACGCGUCUUCCGUCCUCCUCGACAAGCUCGCGGCGUCGAGGCCGACCAGGCCCACAGCGCCCCCUCUCGGCCCUAGGCUUCCCAGCCGGCCGUCUACCCUCAGGAACCCCCACGAUUCACCUCCAACGGAAUGGCCUUUCCCAGGCUGCCCACUAACCAGCAGCGGAUCCAUGGGGCUCCCCGUCCAGCCUCAGAGACACACAGAAAUGCCCAAAUGCUUUUCAGCUCUCAUAGGCGCCUUUUACCAGGUAUCACUAGAACAGAGAGGCACACACAGCCUCUGGUGCAACAAUGAGCCAAGUGGAGUUUGAAAUGGCCUGCGCUUCUCUCAAGCAGCUGAAGGGUCCUGUGAGCGAUCAGGAGAAACUGCUGGUGUACAGCUUCUACAAACAGGCCACCCAGGGCGACUGUAACAUCCCCGUCCCUCCAGCCACAGAUGUGAGAGCAAAGGCCAAAUGGGAAGCGUGGAAUGUGAACAAAGGGAUGUCCAAGAUGGAUGCUAUGAGGAUCUAUAUUGCCAAAGUGGAGGAGCUAAAGAAAAACGAGGCUGGCUAAGGACAUUUUGGCAGACACAAGGAAAUAGCAGUGGCUCCACUGGUGGGGAAUGGGUUUAAGAACUCCUGAUGGCUGAAACAUACUGAAAAGGGUAGCAAGGUUAGCGGAGACAUCAAUAAAUCACUUGAACGGCA